AUAUAUAUAUUUAUAGCUAUAUUAGUGUAGUGAUUAUAUAUACUACCUACUAAAACUUAAAAUUGCAAACAAAGAUAUCGUGAGAGAUGAGAGUCCCCUGUAUUGCGGGAGCUGUGAUGCUUCUUUGCAUGGCGGAAUACUUGGUUGCACUGGAACAGUCGAUGGUCAUUGAGAAGCUGGAUAAUGUUAACUCUGACAUACUUUCACGUCAAAAGAGAAGUCUUUCUUCAACAGGAAUCAAAAGCCUACGGGUUACAAGUGUGAUUCAGUCAAGAUUCGCGCGAGUGACAUUUGUCAGUACAAUGGAAAAUGGCGAAAACUUUGCAAAAGAAAUGACAUUUUCUGUCCGACUGCCGAAGGCCGCGUUUAUUACCGAAUUUAACAUGGUUGUUGAUGGGGUUACUUUCAUAGGUAAAAUAAAAGAAAAAGAAGCGGCUAAGAAACAAUUUGAGCAAGCAAAAGAAAGUGGAAAUACUGCUGGGCUGGUAACAGCUGAUGUAAGAGAAACUCGAACAUUCGAUGUAUCUGCAAAUGUUCCAGCACAUUCCAGUGUAGAUUUUCACUUGGUUUAUCAGCAGUUACUUAAAAGAAAAUUGGGGAGUUAUAAUCACGUUAUCAUGGUCAACCCGGGACAGGUUAUAGAUAACUUCGUAAUUGACGUUUAUAUUACUGAAACAUCCGGCAUUACGUCCAUUUCAACGGAAACGCCUGGUAAAGGUAGCGGAGCCAGAGAAAAAGUUGCUAAAAGUGACGACGACAAAAAUCGGAUUGAUGUUUACACCGACGUGCGAAGAAGUAAGAAUCAAGCAAAAGUCACAUUUAAACCAACCCAGACGCAGCAACGUCGUUUACUAACUCUUCCUGAAGAUGAAAAAAAAUUCACAGUGAAUUAUGACGUAACGCGAGAAGUUCUAGGCGGAGAAAUUCAAACGAGAAACGGAUAUUUUGUUCAUUUUUUUGCUCCAGAAAAUCUUCCGAUAUUAGCAAAAAAAGUAGUAUUUCUCAUUGAUCAAAGUGGUUCGAUGCAGGGCCAUAAAAUGCAACAGACAAAAACAGCAUUUGCUUCAAUACUUAAAGAGCUGAGAGAUUCCGAUAGAUUCAACAUUAUUUCAUUUUCGACUGGAACCGAAACCUGGAAGAACACAGAAGACGGACUAGUUGGUGUUACAAACAAAAAUGUUGAUGAAGCUGUUAAGCAUGUGCAAAACUUAAACGCAGCUGGAGGCACGAACAUCAAUGAGGCCAUUUUAAAAGCCUCAAGAUUGUUCCAAAAUGACGCAAUGGAUGAGCCAUCGUCUUCGAUGAUCAUAUUAUUGUCUGAUGGUAACCCUACAUCUGGAGUAAGCAAUACAGCGCAGAUUCGUUUGAACGCACGAAGGGAAAUCAAUGGCAGAUUUUCAUUGUUCUGCCUUGGAUUCGGCGAAGAUAUUGACCACGAUUUUUUGAAGAGACUAUCGAAUGAAAACGAUGGAAUAGCCAGAAAGAUUUACGAAGACUCUGACGCUGAUAUACAGCUGGAAGGGUUUUUUCAAGAAGUUGCAGCUCCGCUCUUGUUGAAUGUCAAAAUGAGAUAUUCUGGAGCAGACGCAGACGCUGUUAGUAUCUCAGAUUUUGAUAAAUAUUUUAAAGGAUCGGAAGAGGUGAUUGUAGGAGUAAUUGAUGAAUCUGCAAUGGGCGUACAUUCCGUUAUUAGUGGUAUGUCACGGGAAGGCGAAGUAAGAUAUGAAAUAUCGAGUACUGAAAUAGAUGAUUCAUUCCAACAUUGGUAUAAAGAUGCUGGAAAUUUUGACGAUUUCAUUGAAAGAUUAUGGGCUUAUUUUACUAUAGAAAAUUUGUUAGAGAAGAAAACGUUAUCUGAAAGUCAGAUUAAAAAGCAAGAACUUACAUCAAAAAUUAUAGAAUUGGCUCUCAAAUAUAAAUUUGUGACUCCGCUCACAUCUAUGGUCGUGACUUUGCCAGAAGAUGAAAUCAAAACGACUCCAGAUGGACCUAUUGUUGAGCCAACGCUUCCACCUUGUAUUAUGAGGGGUUCGAAAGUUCCAGAAGAUAUCACAGAAUUCCCAAUAUGGUGUCCUGUUAUUUUUGAUCGACAGACAAGUCGUGUAGUGCCUAACCGAGGACGGUAUCUUUCACGAACACUAUCACAUACACAUUCUAGCAUUACGAGAUUACUAAGCAGCGCCCCGAAAUUAGCAAGAAUGAGAACAGCAUCGAAUGCAAGGGUCAUUGGAGCUGGACAUAGUUUCAGAAGCAGUUCAAUAACAAACAGAAGACAAAGAAUAUCCAGUUUGCAGCAAAUCAUGGGACAGCGAACAUCACUGGCGACAAGUUUUACGACAACAACAACAACAACAAGAAUACCAACAACUGCAACACCACCGCCAAGAAAGAAAACGCCAAGGUUUCUGAGAACAUGCAGCGGGAAAAAACGGACUUCAUCUGGACGAAUCACUCUUUCUACGCUUAUACAAUCUGAGCCAUAUCCGUACACGUGCAAAUGGAUAGUGAAAGUAAAAAAAGGUUCUUGGAUAGAUUUACACGCUGAAACAUUGAAUACUACAAAGAAUCAGGUUGUAGUUACAGGAGCAGACGGGCAGAACAUACUUCUUCAUCAAAGAGGAUUUCAGUCUCCUAAAUUCAUAUCUGUUGAAGACAAUAAAAUUACAAUUCUGAUAGCGAUUCACCCAAGUGACAAGUUGAGACCAGGAAUUGAAAUUUCGUAUGAAGAGUUUAUACCAGAGCCUGAUACACCAGCAGUCGUACACGAAAUUGAAUUUCCUCAAGAAUCUACACCAAACUGCGGAAAUAUCAUUAAUUCUGCUGAAAAUCCUGAAGGUACAAUUUCAUCUCCUGGAUUUCCGAAAAUGUAUUUGGAUAACCUCUACUGUCAAUGGAGUAUUUUGAACAGCAACGCGACAACCCACGAUUUGAUAAUAUCGUUCCAAAAAUUCGACGUCGAAACGAAUGCUGGUGGCCCGUGUACACAUGACAUAUUGGCAGUGGGAGAGGGAGACGAAGAACAAACAUUCUGCGGACACGAUUUGCCUGAAGAUAUAACUACCGGCGCUGAAUUGGUGAAGAUCAAAUUUAUGAGUGAUGACAGUCUGGGAGCUGGAGGCUUCAUGCUGCGUUAUGACUUAGUUGCAAAGUAACAUGAAAAUGAUGUGUAAAAACAACUUUUUGCAUUGGAAUAAAUGCUAAACAAGUCUUGAUAUAUAGCAAUAAGCCAUUCUCGUAUUUUACAUUCGACUUACAAACCUAAUUUGAGGCAGUAAAACGAAUUUAGCUUUUGUCACAUUUCCAGAGAAGGCUUACUUUUGUAUCUGUUUAGAUUUAGAUAGUGCUCCAGGUCCAUUUUUUGCGCUCCAGAAGUAUGUGCACCAAGAUGGCGCACAACCUGAUAACCCUAACGUGGCACACAUGCUAUGUUCGGGUUGUGCGCCAUCUCGGUGCACAUAGGUUUGGCUGUACAGUUCUGAUAAUUACAAAAAUCUGAUUUUCCUAAAACAUUGAAAUGUUGGUUCUACUGAGGCGAAUAUAUUUUGUAGGCCACGCAUGGCAUUUUUGUUUAAAACAUUAAUACUGGACAUUAUAUAUAUUCAUCAUGA